UCAUUCCAACCUCAUUGUAACACUGCUUUCUACGCCUCUGGCCUGGCGCGUUCUCUCUCUCUCUCUCUCUCUCUCUCUCUCUCUCUCUCUCUCUCCCUCCUUGCUCUCCCUCAUCUCAUUGUUUCGGAAUAGGCCAAAUCUGAAGUCUUUCCAAGGGUGUGGCUGCGUUCAUCUUAUUUCCCCAGCCCAAGUGGAACAGCGGAGAAGCGUGAGAAGGACAGACACAUUCAGCAGCCAGAGGACACGGUGGACUGAGUGGGACCCUGUGGACAAUAUGCUGUUCUUUGGGCCCAAGUCGCUGCUGUUUGUCAUGGCACUCAGCAUCCCCUCUGACUGGCUACUCCUAGGGGUCAAUGGUCAACGAGGAGAUGAUGUAACUGAAGCAUUCACAGAAGAUCCUAACCUGGUGAAUGACCCUUCUACAGAUGACACAGUUCUGGCUGAUAUCACACCUUCCACAGAUGACUUGGCCUCAGCUGGUGACAAAAAUACUACUGCAGAGUGCCGGGAUGAGAAAUUUGCUUGCACCAGACUGUACUCUGUCCAUCGGCCAGUCAAGCAGUGUGUCCACCAGGUCUGCUUCACCAGUUUACGGCGCAUGUACAUCGUCAAUAAUGAGAUCUGUUCCCGGCUUGUCUGUAAAGAACACGAAGCUAUGAAAGAUGAGCUUUGCCGGCAGAUGGCCGGCCUGCCUCCAAGGCGGCUCCGUCGCUCCAACUACUUCCGACUUCCUCCCUGUGAAAAUAUGAAUUUGCAGAGACCCAGUGGUCUGUGAUCAUCAAGGAAGAAACAAGAACGAGAGGAGUCAGAAAUUCCUUCUCCUCCAACCACCGUCACCUGUCCUACAGACAGGUGUUUUUAAACUAAGCCCUUUGCAAUGCCCCGGCUUUGACCCUACUCUCUAAUUUUCACCGGACCUGGUAACAUUUGUCUCAUUUUAUAGUACUCACAAUACAGUGUCUAUAUUGUUACACCGUUUUGCUGAUUUCUGUUAUUAUAGACAAGGUGAACAAAGGAUGACCACAUGACUUAGGUACAAACACUCUACAUUCAGGCCAAUAGAAGAAAGGGGCCCGGGGUGCCUGGCUCAGUCAGCAGAUGGUAUAAAACCGAGCAUGGUGGCCAGGAAGAUCAGAACUUUAAGUUCAUCUUUGAUUGCACAUCAAGUUGGAGAAUUGCAGAAUGCGCUAUGUGAGACCCUAAUCGUGGAAGAAAAUAUACUUUAGGUUAAUAUUC